AUGGAAUCCCCGAACUCGCGUCGCCUGUCUGUAGCGCGACCAACGGACGAGCCGGCCUCCGGUCUCGCAACCGGCUCCACCGUCUCCGCCGCACCUCCCGCCGCCACUGUCGGUAUCUCCGGCGUCGCAUUUAUGGACGGCCCGAUCUCUGCGUCGUUGAAUCGUGGCCGCUCGAAUCUGGGACGUGCGGUGCCGGGCAGCCGGAUAGGGAAAGAAGAAGCCGUCGUGGACCGUAGGGCAGGGAAACGGGCAGCCGAAGAGAUGGGGGAGGAUAGCGAGGAGGAGAGCGAAGGGGAAGCGGAGGAGGGAGCGGACGAGGGAGCGGAGAGAGCGGAGGGAGCGGAGGAAGAAGACGGAGAUGAGGGAGGCGCGACGGCAAAUCAAGCCCGGAAUGGAAGUAGGGGGACGUUGAAGGGGAAGGGAACGGUGAAGGGGACGGGGGAGGGGAAGGGGGAGGCGGAAGGAAAGGGGAAGGCGGGGGGUAAGCAGAAAGGGGAAUCUUCGAGUGAAGCGGAGGUGUGCUCCAUUUGCCUUGACGCCGUUGAUGUGUGCUCCAUCGAACGGUCCACAGCGCGGCUGAAAUGCGGCCACGGCUUCCAUUUAGACUGCAUUGGCUCCGCCUUCAACGCCAAGCGCCGCAUGCAGUGCCCCAACUGCCGCAGCGAGGAGCCCCACUCUCACCUUUUCGUUCUUUUCCCCCCUUCCGCUCCCCCUUUUCUCCCCUCCUUCCUCCCUCCAGACUGCAUCGGUUCUGCAUUCAACGCCAAGCGCCGCAUGCAGUGCCCCAACUGCCACAGCGAGGAGCACGGGAACUGGCUCUUGCCCUCGCCCCCUUCCGCCCUUCUGUUCCUCAUCCCUCCUUCCGCCCCUUCCCGUCCCCUUCCCCCAGACUGCAUCGACUACAUUGGCUCUGCAGUCAACGCCAAGCGCCGUAUGCAGUGUCCCAACUGCCGCAGCGAGGAGCACGGCCACUGGCUCCUCCCCUCGCCCCUCUGCUCCUCAUCCCUCCUUUCCCUCCUUCCCAUCCAAUUCCCUCCUUCCCAUCCAAUUCCCCUCCACCUUCCCUCCCCAGACUGCAUUGGCUCUGCCUUUAACGCCAAGCGCCGCAUGCAGUGCCCCAACUGCCGCAGCGAGGAGCACGGCCACUGGCUCCUCCCCUUCCCCCCAUCCGCCUCCGCCCCCUCCCCCCCUCCCCUCCCCGCCUCCUUCUCCGAUCUUGCUGCUGCCGCCGCUGCUGCUCGCGAAUUCCAGGCUACUUUUGAGGGAGGGUUUACUGGUGCAGUAGGGAGGGAGUGGAGGGGAGGGGCAGGCUUGGAGUGGGGGGGAGAAGGGGCGGGGUGGAGGGAAGCAGGGGUGGGGUGGGGGGAAGCAGGGGUGGGGUGGGGGGAAGCAGGGGUGGGCGUAGGCACGGGGUGGAUGCAGAUGGGGGAGGAGAGGGGGGGAGAAGCGGAGUGGUGGUGGGGGGGGGAGCCUGUGGGGGAAGAAUACGCAGAAGAUGACUAUGCUAUAUCGGAACGUGCUAUGGAGGAGGAGUAUGCUAUAUCGGAGCAUUCUAUAGAGGAGGCAUUGGAGGGCGGGCCGAUGGUGCAUGUGCAUGGGGUAGACCUGCCUCUGCGUCCGUGGGUUCAUGCUGAUGUGCGUGGGAAAUGGGCAUGGGGCAUGGGGGAUGGGGCAUGGGGGACGGGGCAUGGGGGAUGGGGCAUGGGGCAUGGGGCAUGGGGGAUGGGGCAUGGGAGACGGGGCAUGGGGGAUGGGGCAUGGGGGAUGGGGCGUGGGGGUUGGGGCAUGGGGGAUGGGGCAUGGGAGACGGGGCAUGGGGGAUGGGGCAUGGGGGAUGGGGCGUGGGGGUUGGGGCAUUGGGGAUGGGGCAUGGGGGAUGGGGCAUGGGGGAUGGGGCAUGGGGGAUGGGGCAUGGGGGACACUGAGGUCGUCGUCUCAAUAGGACCCGGAGGGGCUGAUGGCGCAUGUGCAUGGGGUAGACCUCCCACUGUGCCCAUGGGUUCAUGA